AUGGCGCCAAUGAAAAACAAUAAAAAUAACUAUCUUAGUAGUAACGGCGAGGCCGUGGCCCGUGAGGUCAAUGUCCUCGCCAGUUGCUACGUCGUCGACCCCGCUGCGUCCCUAAAGGGACUUCACUACUGCACUACCGGGGCUGCAGGUAUGUCUUUUGGUAUUCCUGAGGUCCCUAUCUCAGGUCUACCAUCUCCUCCGUCAAGUCCCCCCCUCGCGGCCAUCACGACGUCUAACGAGCUCGCUCUUCAGCCCAAGAACAAGAAGCGCAGCCGCAACGCACCGAUUAGCCGAAGCCGCCGAGGGGGGGCAACACUUCAGAUCAGGGAAGAAUGUGAGAGAUUCUUUUGCGAGACCAUGAAAGCUGUGUUCCAGGGUGAGUGGAAUGUGGCCGGUAAUGGCUCCUGCCUGACUGGUGUUAAUUACGCGCUUACACCACCUGACGACUAUCCUAUGAGUCAGUCGUCCUUCUGCAACAUUGAUACCAAACUCGGAGUCUAUGUGAACGGAUGGAUGGAAUUUUGGGAUUAUGCUGGAGGUGCUAGCUUCCGAGCCUUUAUCACAGAAGAUGGCGACGAGAAGUCCUUGUUUGCAUUCUUUGAUAGCGGGCUCGUAGGCCGCGAUCUCAAGCAAGCACUCAUUGCUUUGAUUGAGUUAGCCGAUGGUCCAAUCGAAUGCUCGCAUGUCGUGAUCUGCGUGGACCGUUCGAUGCCGCACGAAUAUGCGAAGGCAUUGAUGAAGAGUCUUCAGUGGGUUGGUUUCGAGAUGACCACCUUGGACCAUUGGGCCAAAGACAUCGAUGUCAUUAGCGACAAAUGGUUAUUCAUGGGCAUGGAAGUCUAGAUGUGGUAUUCUGGACUCUAACGAUCGUUCAACCUAUUUCGAUUUUACGAAGGUGCUAAGGGUUAUUCGGCGUCUAAAUACCUACAUAUCCUUAAGGUUAAGGUUGCUUUCUUUUUUUGGAGUUCUCGGAAGGCGUAUUUACACCCCCAUUAGCCUUGGCGUAUGGGUCGUUUCUAUUGCAUCUGCUGCAUUCAUACCA